AUGGUUAGGUCAUUCGAGAUUUAACGGACAUUUAACAGAAAAAUCAUUCAUAGUGUCACGGUUAUAAUUAGCAUAUAUCAGGAAUACCAUUAAUAAUAUACCAAAAAAACAUCUAAUAAUUAUGUUAAUUAGGCUAUAGUCAAUUUUUUACCUCUCUCGUCUUUCUUACUGCCUCACUGGUCUCUUCGAUUCCCCUCUCUCCAUUUUUAUCUCUAUCCACCACAACUACAGUCGCAAACCACCACCUCUGCGCCUCACCAACAACCUCAAUUUCUCCACCACCAUCGGCUACUCCACCUUCCGCGCCAGACUCUUCUUCAUUGAACUCAUUGGAGUUUGCUUGGGUUCAUCGCUACUCCAUCACCUUAGCCUGCGAGAAUGAGCUUUGCUUAGGAGAGGACGUUGUUGCAUGGUUUGGAGGCUACAAAUUUUCUAAAUUGAUUCAGCGCUGCUUGCUUCAAUCACUAAUUCGGCUGGGUUCAUUCACCUCCUCUAAAUUGUUUUAUUCGCAUAUCAGGUUAGCCAUGGCUCAGACUUGAGAUAUUCUUCAUUCAUUCGUCCGUGUUUAUAAGAUUAUUCUUCCCAAAUAUAUUGAGAGGAACAGUGAACAUUGCUCUGGCUGCUGUCCAAAAGCAAUUGCGCAUUCUUUUGGAAGAGAAGUUCAUUUCUUUAUUGCAAUCAUGUAAGAAUAUCAACCUCUUGCACCAAAUUCAAGCUCAAGUCAUUGUUCAUGGGCUCCAGCAUAGCCACUAUGUAGUCCCCAAACUCAUUGCCCAAUCUGUAGAAUUGAAGCAUAUGAAAUAUGCUCGCUUUCUGUUUGAUCGAAUGCUUUAUCCAGAUGUUGUAGUUUACAAUGUGAUGUUCAAGGGGUAUAGCCAUAAUGGGGAUCACAAAGAAGUGAUUUUUUUGUUCAGGAAAUUGAUGGACUUCCAUAUAAAACCAAGCUGUUAUACAUUUCCCUUGAUUCUGAAAUCUUGUGGGAAAUUGGCGAUGAUGUGUUUAGGGGCUGGUGAAGUUGGAUCAGCACAUAAGGUCUUCGGUGAAAUACCUUCCAGAAGUAUUUUUUCUGAUACCUUUAUGAUCAGUGGCUUUAUUUCCGAUGGCAAUAUGAAAUCAGCGAGAGAACUUUUUGACGUAGCUGCUGAGAGAGAUAUUGUCUUAUGGAACACCAUGAUUUCAGGCUAUAUUAGUAUUGAAGAUAUGGAAGCUGCUCAAAUUCUCUUUGACAAAAUGCCACAUAAGGAUACGAUGUCAUGGAAUACUAUGUUAAAUGGGUAUGCAAAUAUUGGAAAGAUCGAGGCAUGCGAAAAUUUGUUUGAAGUGAUGCCAAUGAGAAAUAUUUUUUCCUGGAAUGGACUAAUAGCUGCAUAUGCCAAUGAGGGCUCCUUUUUCGAAGUUUUGACCACUUUUGAGCGAAUGCUCUCGGAAGCGGAGGUGCUUCCGAGUGAUGCAACCUUGGUUACUGUAUUAUCAGCAUGUGCAAGACUGGGUGCGCUAGACCUAGGAAUGUGGUUGCAUGUAUACGCUCAGCGCAGGGGAUAUAAAGGAAAUGUUUUUGUCGAAAAUGCUCUGAUGGAUAUGUAUGCAAAAUGUGGAAAAAUAGAACAUGCUAUAAAUGUGUUUAAAGGCUUGAUUAAGAAAGAUCUGGUUUCUUGGAAUAUCAUUAUUGGUGGUUUAGCAAUGCAUGGUCAUGCUUCGGAUGCCUUGGCAUUCUUUGAUGAGAUGAAAAAUAUUGGCGUAAAACCUGAUGCAGUCACCUUUGUCAAUGUUCUAUGUGCAUGUACUCAUAUCGGCUUGCAUGACGAGGGGUUGGCUUAUUUUCAAAGCAUGACCAAUUAUUCAAUCAGCCCUCGGAUUGAGCACUAUGGCUGUCUGAUAGAUUUGUAUGCCCGAGCUGGUCGUCUUGUCGAAGCCCUAAAUAUUGUAAAAGCGAUGCCUAUGAAAGCGGAUGCUGUCAUAUGGGCAUGCUUACUUGGGGCCUCUAGAAUUUACAAAGAUGCGGAGAUAGCUGAGCUGGCUCUCGAACAACUGAUUCGGCUUGAGCCAGGGAAUCCAACAAGUUACCUUACAUUGUCAAAUAUUUAUGGGGAUGCUGGAAAAUGGGAUUCUGUAUCUAAGUUAAAAGUUGCCAUGAGGGAUACCAGCUCUAGGAAAAUUCCUGGCUAUAGCGUGAUAGAAAUUAACGAUAAAAUAGUCGAAUUCUGUGCAUUUGAUCAGAAGCAUCCUGAGACUGAGGAAAUAUAUGCAUGCUUGCAUAACUUGUCGAAGUUAAUACAGACUAUAAGCUUUCCAUUUAUGGAAAUGGGGUUAGAUUAGGAAAGUUUUAAGAAAACAAGGUAUACCUUCUACAUGCAUGCAUUGUACAUUUGUACUAAUUGAGUGGCCUAAAGAUUUUUUGGUUACUUUUGCAAUAUUUGUAAUUGUAUUUUGA